AUGAGCAAUACUGCGAGACGUCAUGAUCGAGCUCAGUCUCCUGCAAGUGAACUAGUCGAUGUGUCGCGAACCGAUCCUCUUGACCCCCAAGGAGGAAAACGUGCUCUCAUGAUCACCACCUUUACCCCGGCAAACUGCGGAAGUGUACUUUCCACAUCAUACAUACCGAAUGCCACAGCCAGGUAUGAAGAUGAGAGUUUCCAGUCGUUCGGAAUACCCUCAGGAACGUUCGAGUCGUUUCGGAUCCAAACCCAAACCCAGCAGCAGCCACCGCUUUCCAGUCUUCAGGGAAAUUAUCCAGUCGUGCUCUUCUCACCAGCUUUGGGGAACUCACGGUUGACAUACACAUUGCUGCUCCAGGACCUUGCCAGCUACGGAUUUGCCGUCAUCUCCGUCGAUCAUCCGUACGAUGCCAACAUCGUGGAAUACCCCGAUAGCCGCACAGUGGUCGGAAUCCUCGGAAACGUCGCUACAGAUGCACAAUACAUCUCAGCAAUGAACGUUCGCGUUCAAGACAUGAGAUUCGUUCUGGAUCAGACUCACAACAGCACGGCGCUCGGAGAUAUAUUUUCGUCAGUUCGGGGAAAUUCCCAGCUACUCUCUCUCGAUCGAGUUACAAUCUUCGGCCAUUCCCUGGGCGGAGCCACCGCUGCGCAGACUAUACUGGCCGACUCUCGAUUUGUCGGGGGCGUCAAUAUGGAUGGUUCAUUGUGGGGAUCUGUCGUGGACGAAGGACUGUCGCGCCCGUUCCUGAUGUUCGGGAAUGCGAACCACACCCAGGCAACCGACGCCAGCUGGGCAGCGGUUUGGCCGCAUCUGCGAGGAUGGAAACUCGAACUCAAACUCGCACAGUCGAAGCACUAUACGUUCUCGGACUUUCCAGUGCUUGUCGAUGCUCUGAAUAUCUCGGACGACGCCAAGCAGAUUGUCCAGGCCGGGUAUAUUGGGACUAUAGGCGGGCUGCGGGCCAGGAACGUGAUAGUUGCGUACAUCCCCGUCGCACUGCAGUACUUCGUCUAUGGGCGAACGUCAGACCUACUGAGCGGACCCUCAGCAGCUUUUCCUGACGUGACUUUUGUGUCUUCUUGA